AACCGUUGUUCGCUCCGAGAAACAGGAAAUGCAUUAAUUCUGUGGGGCUCAAUCCGGAAGUGGACUUCUCGAGUCACAUUGAAGACAGAUAUCCCGGUCAAACGAAUAACAGGACCAGUGACCAGUCAACUCAUCCCUGAUGACUUCACUCUAACCAUGUUUAGUUCAAGGGUUGUCCCCCGCUUAUUACGUAGAGCAACAUGUGCACUUACAGGCCACGGAGAAGUUCUGAAUGGAUGUGUGCGACCGGUUCUUCCCGCUUGUUGUUCCUCGCUACAACGAAAGCCGCGAAACUACUCCACAGCCGCAGACAACAGGCCUCCCCCCCGAUGGGUACAGCUUGAGCCGGAGCUGGACGAGGCGCUCGUGCCACGUAAAUUGUCAGUGAGUCCUCUGGAGAGCUGGCUGUCGCUGCGCUACUUUCUUCCUCCCCUGCUGGAGUCGGCUCCGCCGCAGGAGGACGCCGGGCUGCUGGAAGAGAAGGUUCUGCCCCCCAUCUCCGUCCCCGUGAUGGAGGAUGGAGAGGGUUCACCUACACCCCUUAGUUGUAAAAAUGUGCUGGAGAUCCGACGGCGGAAGAUGAACCGACAUAAUUACAAGAAACUGCUUAAGCGGACUAAGUUCUUGAGGAGGAGGGUGCUAGAGGGGAGGGGGAAGAAGAAACAGAAACGAUUUGAAGAGGACCUGAAGAGGAUUUGGACACGAGCUGGACUGAAGAAAGCUCCAGAAGGCUGGCAUGCACCAAAGAUCUUCAUCAAGCAGCACGGAAACAAAAGAGACUGAGAAUCACCGACUCACAGGAGUUUGUGUCACAUCGCUAAACACUGGACGGCUCGACACGCUGCAGUCGAAACACUCGGCCGACUCUGUGUUCUUUACAUCUCAAUUUGAAAAAUGUUUCAGUGAUACAAGUAGAGACCUGUGUACAAUUAUUUUUAACAAAGUGUACAUAAUCCAAUAAAGACCACUCUGUUAACCCCAA